GAAAGGGAUCCAGCAGAGCAAUACAAAAGCAGCCUCGGAUCUUGCCGGAGCUGCAAGCGUUAAGGAGAGGCGGGGAGUGACGCGGUUUGCGUCUAGAGCGGCUCCUUGGAGUCCACAGCAUCCACCGCCGGAGCCUCGCCUUCCUUUCUCCCUCUGCAGACAUAUCGAGACACAAAAAGAGGGGCGACUCCUGGACCAGGGCGAGGGACCCACCCACACCAUGACCGAGACCACCAAGACCCACGUUAUCUUGCUUGCCUGCGGCAGCUUCAAUCCCAUCACCAAAGGGCACAUUCAGAUGUUCGAAAGAGCCAGGGAUUAUCUGCACAAAACUGGAAGGUUUAUUGUGAUCGGUGGGAUUGUCUCUCCUGUCCAUGACUCCUAUGGAAAACAGGGCCUUGUGUCGAGCCGGCACCGUCUCAUCAUGUGUCAGCUGGCCGUCCAGAAUUCCGACUGGAUAAGGGUGGACCCAUGGGAGUGCUAUCAGGACACCUGGCAGACGACCUGCAGUGUGUUGGAGCACCAUCGGGACCUCAUGAAGCGGGUGACCGGCUGCAUCCUCUCCAAUGUCAACACACCAUCCAUGACGCCCGUGAUUGGACAGCCCCAGAAUGAGACCCCCCAACCCAUUUACCAGAACAACAACGUGCCCACCAAGCCCACUGCAGCCAAGAUCUUGGGGAAGGUGGGAGAAAGCCUCAGCCGGAUCUGCUGUGUCCGCCCGCCGGUGGAGCGCUUCACCUUUGUGGAUGAGAAUGCCAACCUGGGCACAGUCAUGCGGUACGAGGAGAUUGAGCUGCGGAUCUUGCUGCUGUGUGGCAGUGACCUGCUGGAGUCCUUCUGCAUCCCAGGGCUCUGGAAUGAGGCAGAUAUGGAGGUGAUUGUUGGGGACUUUGGGAUCGUGGUGGUGCCCCGGGAUGCAGCCGACACAGACCGAAUCAUGAAUCACUCCUCAAUACUCCGCAAAUACAAAAACAACAUCAUGGUGGUGAAGGAUGACAUCAACCAUCCCAUGUCUGUUGUCAGCUCAACCAAGAGCAGGCUGGCCCUGCAGCAUGGAGACGGCCAUGUCGUGGAUUACCUGUCCCAGCCGGUCAUCGACUACAUUCUCAAGAGCCAGCUGUACAUCAAUGCCUCGGGCUAGCGGCCACACAGCCCUCUGCUCCACUCUCCCCUCGUCCUCUGCCAACACACUGGCCCCUCCAGUCUCUGUCAGUCCCCGUUUCUCUCCUGCCUCUCUGUUUCUCCAUCUCCUCAUCUUGACUGUUCUCCCAACUUGCUGACUCAACCCCCCACAGUGUGGGGGACCUGCAGAGAACCAAGGCAUACCCUAUUCCGCAGUCAUCUUUGGACAAACUUUCCUCUAGUCUCCGGGUUGAGCGUGGGUGAGGGGAUAAGGGUGGGAGUUGGGGGAAGUGCAAUCCUUGGAGAUGUGCUGGUGUCCGUCUCCCAGCAUGCUCUAGAGAGCGGCUCUGGUGCCCAUCCUCCCAGCAUGCUCUGGGGAGGCGGCUCUGGCUCUCGCCUUCCCAGCAUGCCCUUUACCA